AUGCUUUCCACAGCGUAUCUCUAUGGCUGCAUCUGUGCGGGUUUGGUUGCGACCACGCUGGUUAUUGUCAUCGACCGGUCCAGCAUUCAGAUGCUCAAGGGCCUGGUGUCUACAGGAUCGACUGACGGCCUGAGCCGACUGCAGAGGAUUUACCUUUCAGUCUACCUGAGUGCCAUGAUGGCGGACUGGCUUCAAGGGCCCUUUGUCUAUGCUCUCUAUGCGUCUUACGGCUUCUCGCGCGAGGACAAUGCAACGCUGUUCGUCGCGGGCUUCGGUAGCAGCGCCAUUUUUGGCACCUUCAUUGGGUCAAUGGCUGACAAGUAUGGACGCCGAAGAUUCGCUGCCCUUUACUGCGUGCUCUAUUUCUUGUCAUGCCUCACCAAGCAUUUCAAGUCACUGGGCAUGCUCCUGAUUGGCCGCCUUACCGGCGGGAUCGCCACCUCGCUUCUCUUCAGCGUGUUCGACUCCUGGCUGGUGUCCGAGCACAAUGCUCGAGGAUACGGCUCCGAGCAGCUCAGCGGCUCCUUCUCGAUUGCUUUUUUCGGGAACAGCCUAGUGGCCAUCGCUGCAGGGGAGGUGGGCCAAUUCACCGCCGACCUCGUUGAGCUAACACCUCUCGUGGGCAGCAUCCACUACGGAGGCUACACCGGGCCCUUCGUUGCUGCAAAUUGCUUCCUAGUGCUCUGCCUGGCCUUGAUGAUGUCGAGCUGGUCUGAGAAUUAUGGCCAGACUGCCAAGGAAGCAGCAAUGGAGCAGACGAAAGACCGUGGCUUCAUGGGUGCUGUGAACUUGGUGAUGGCACAACCGCUGAUCCUGUUAUGUGGUACGGUUUGCUCACUCUUCGAGUCCUCCAUGUUCAUCUUCGUGUUUAACUGGACGCCGGUGCUGAUGAAGGCGGGUGAACCCGACCCGCCGUUCGGCCACAUUUUCGCGGGCUUCAUGAUCUUCUGCAUGCUAGGCAGCCGCUUGUUUUCGAUGGCUGUGCAUAGCAUAACCAAUGAGAGGAUUGGGAUGUACACCCUAUGCUUGGCCGCGCUGUGCCACGCGAGCAUCCUCUUCGUCGACUCGGAGGCAGUUCAUCUGUUGGCUUUUUUCGUCUUCGAGAUGUGUGUUGGCAUGUACUUUCCCAUGAUGGGCACCAUGAAGGGCCAGAUUGUCCCCGAGUCUAAGCGAAGUACCAUCUACAAUCUAUACCGCGUUCCUCUCAAUGCGAUCGUGGUUCUGACGUUGAUUUGCAAGUUCGGCGAAGGCGUCUCAUUCUGCGUCCGGCGCUCAGGGACUCAGGGUGUGCUCUGUGUGGAUAAGGAAGCCGUGGCACAUGGGCAUUCGAGCGACGUACAAUGA